AUGAUGUUUUCUAAUCUCUUUCUUCUUUUUUUGACAUGUUUUUUUGUGGGAGAAAAUGGUCAGAAGAUUCAUCUGAAAUCAUCUUCCUCUGUACAGCAGAAAGAUGAUUUUCUAUCCGUCUACGUUGGUGGAAAUGUUACUUUAAAAUGUUCUUAUGAAGAUCAGACAACAAACCAAAUCUACUGGUACAAGCAAAGUUUGGGAAAAAAGCCUGAAAUAAUUUUAAGUUUUGUUUUACGUAGCACAUCAGUGACCUUCUUUGAGGAAUUCAAGAACAAUCCACGCUUUAAACUGGACCUAAAAAAACAAAGUUUUCACUUGAACAUUAGUGAUUUACACUUUUCAGACACAGCUACCUACCACUGCAUGAUAUCUGAUUUUUUCUCACUUGUCUUUUUGGAGAGCUAUAGUGUCCAUGUGAAGAACUUUUCUUCUUACAUCCAGGCUUCAGUGGGUCAGUCGUCCUCUGAGAACAUCCAUGCAGGAGACUCUGUGACUCUGAACUGUACAGUACACACUGGGAGCUGUGAUGGAGAACACAGAGUUUACUGGUUCAAAGACUCUGAAGACUCUCAUCCAGGACUCAUUUACACUCAUGGAGGCAGGAAGGAUCAGUGUGAGAGAAAGAAGAACACACAAACACACAGUUGUGUCUACAAUCUCCACAUGAAGAAUCUGAAUGAGUCUCAUGCUGGGAUCUACUACUGUGCUGUUGCCUCAUGUGGACACAUACUGUUUGGAAACGGGACCAAACUGAACUUCACAGACUCUGCAGUUCCUCUGAACUCUGUGAUUCUACACACUUUGGCUGGAUUAUUGACCAUCAUGAGCGUCCUCGUUGUUUUUCUGCUUUUCCUGCUGUGGAAGAUCAACAAGAGAAACAACUGCACCUCCACAGAUGAAAGAUCACCUGCUGCCCCCUUAAGAAGAUCAGAGGCUGAGAACAAAGACACAGAAAGUCUCCAUUACGCUGCUAUAAAUGUGAAGAGGUCCAACAGAUCAAGAAGACAGAAGAACGGCUCCAACACAGACUGUGUUUAUUCAAGUGUGAGACAACAGAACUGA